UCCAUAUUCUUUCUUUUCUUUCUUCAUAUAUAUAAAAAUCAACAACGCGACAAAGGGCGUCCCCUUUUGGGGGCAGGACGUAUGUCCUUGCCAUCACUUCAUGGCCCCAAAGACCAAGUCCACCAAGUCUUCAUCAACUCCUAUCAAGAGGACGAGAACCGGCUGCAAGACAUGUCGCCAGAGGAAACUCAAAUGUGACGAGGCGGCACCAAUCUGCGGACAAUGCGUGAAGGCUAAGAAACCAUGCGUGCGCUCUGAAGGAGUGACCUUCCGCCAUCAUCAGAACCCGUCCAUCAACACCAGAAAUGGCGAACACAGUCUGAGUGCCUUUUUCGGCUAUGCGUCAGACUUCACCAAGGAAGAGAGGGGGGCUUUCUUGCCAGUGCCACAGCAGUUGACCUGGAUCUUGGUGUCUGACCCAAAUGCCGAAGACUCGAGCUCAGUCACUCCUCCUCCACAGACUUCUGCCACUCCAGACAACGCAUACCAACAAGUCGCGGCGCACACUCUUGAGGCUCUCUCCACCGCAGCGGCCGAUCAUGUCUCAUACCCGCCACAAGCAACUGCAUACUACACCGCAGGCGGAGGUCAAGCAGUGCCACACCCAGAGUAUGGCUUCGUCGCUUUGGAACAGCAGCACGGAACAGAAGGAGAUCACAUGAACAAUCUGGACUUUCUCAAUACACAGGCGAACAAUGCAUCAAUGAUGAUUGAUCCAAACCUCGAGGCCACAGUUGCACACGCUGCGGCGCAGGCGGUUGGUGAUGGUAGUGACGAGCAAGCCGAGGGACAAGAUGAGUCUUCCGUGGCUAUGGCCUUGAAGAACUUCAAUGAGACAUCUGUGUAAUGGUCUAGCGAAUACUGCAGAGAGAUGAAAAUGAUACCCCGGGCGCGCUGCAGGCGUCCAGUUGGCUGUACAAUCAAUGAUGAACAUGGAGUGCCCAUGAGGGCUUAUUGCACACACUUACGCUUCUGUUUAU